AUGAAGACCCUCAAAUCUGGUGCUUCCCACCAAGAGCCACUACACCCCUGGCAAUGUGACUUUGGCCGUGCCGCACCACCAGCACUCCCGAAGUUUCGGGCGGAGCUCCACUUGUUCAGACUGGGCGGAAAGCCGGGUGACUGGAUGAAGUCUCGAGCCGGGCAUCGCUCCGCCGUGGCCUAUGCCGUCGCCAAGGCGGAGGUGGAGGAGUUGGCACCAGGUGGUCGCCAGCUCUUGGCCUCGCACUUUACGUUCGAUCCAGCUCAAGGCGCACGCGCCCAGCGCACGCGCCCACACGCGCCCACACCGGGGCCACACCGGGGCCACGAAGGCGAUGUCUUUGGAGCGCUGUGUCGGGGCGCCAGUGUGGUGGCCCCCCGGCGGGCUGCGGUGCUGGGAGCCCUGCAGGAGGUCCUACAGGGCAUGCGGGUGAGCCAUGCGACCAUGACGCCGACCCAGUGGGCACUGAAAGGAUCUGGAGAUCUGCCAGAUCUGCAGCAUUUGACGCUGUGUGGCGAGCCCAUGCGAAGGGACACCAUCGAUAGCUGGGCAUCCAAAGUGCAGCUGCGGAACAUGUACGGAGUCACGGAGGCCACAGGCGUUCAGACCUUCCACCGGAUGCGCGCGGGUGACUCGGCGAAGUUGGUGGGCAAAGCGCUUCCAGGAUACCUGCUGGGCCUCACCCAGGAGAAUGAGGUCUUGGUGGCUGGGAAAGGCCUGGCUCGUGGUUACCUUGGCUUGGAAGAGGAGACGGCACGCUGCUUCGUGCCUUGGGAUCUCCUGACCGAUGACAUCGAGGCGGAUGGCCGCGCGUAUCGGACGGGAGAUUUGGCGUCCUGGAGCGCGGAGAAGGGCUUCGAGUUGCAUGGGCGAAGGGACCAUCAGGUGAAGAUCAGCGGGGUUCGGAUUGAGAGCCUGGAGAUCGAACUGGCCGUGGAGGCCUCUGGACUCGUCGAGAGCUGCACUUGCAUGGUGCAGAAUGACCAGCUGGUGGCCCAUUGCGUGCUCUCCAGCACCAUGGAUUGGGUACUGCGUGCGGCCCUGGAAGCCCAUGCCGCGAAGCGCUUGCCGCUGCAGGUGGUGCCGCAUUUCUUUGUGGGACAUGAGAAACUGCCCCUGGCGCCUGGUGGGAAAGUGGAUCGACAGGCACUCAUGGCGUCGGACCUGCAAGAAGAGCCUGAGCUGGAGGCUCUUGGUACUCCAUUGGAGGUGGCGGUGGCCACUGCCUGGGCGAAGGUCCUGCAACGGCCCGCGCACAGCAUCGGCGCCAACUCCAACUUCCAGUGGCUGGGCGGCGACAGCCUGGCGGCGCUCCGCGCCUCGCGGGGCCUCGCGGAGGAAGUGCUUCUUCCAGAAGAUUCAGUGUCAGAGUCCCAGGAGCAGGCGGGCGAGGCAGGAUUGAUGGUCUCCUCAGAAGCACCCGAAGGUGCCGUGUGCGUGCUCCGUGCUGCGUUGGGCCCCCUGGCUCCCUGUGAACUUCUGGCCAGGCCCAUGUUGCGGCAGUAUGCCACCUUUCUGGCGUCAAAGGGAGUGCGAGACAAAGGUGCCUCACAAGUGAGCUGCGCGACUGAGACAGGCACCUUGCCUGAACUUGCCUUGAUUGCAGCAGCAGGAGAUGGUCGAGAAGCAGUGGUUAAGGCUCUGCUGGAGGUGCCGCUCAUUGCCGCGGCCACCGCAGGGCACAUAGGCUGUGCCCAGCUGCUCCUCUCUGCCCGCGCCCACGUGCGCGCCAUGACCUCUGCCCGGACCAGCGCAGCGCAUGUGGCCGCAGCUCGGGGAGACCCCUCGCUUUUGCAACUUUUGCUGACGACCGGUGACAAUGAUGAACGCGAGGGCAUCGCCACCUGGGCACGGGAUGCAGAUCAGCAGACUGUGCUACAUCUGUCAGCCAGGUCGGGAGAUCUGAAGUGUUUGGAGCUCAUCCUGUCGAAAGUGAAGGGUCUGAAGGCCAAGGAUGGAGGCUUGGAAGCCAAAGACCGCUGGGGCAGGACGGCGUUGCAAUGGGCAGUGGCCAAUGGUCACAAGGAUGCGGCUGUGUGCCUCAUCCGAAACGGUGCCUAUUCCAAGAACUUGCCCGACGCACUGCUUGAGGACCUUGAGGUGAACUUGACGGCACCGUCGAAGCCCGGGCAGCCCACCGCACUUCGAAAGGUGGUGCAGCCGGCCGAACGCAUGGGGGUCUUGGUGCAGAGCCUUCCGCAGGGACGUGGUUGGUCCUCCGUGUCGGAGCUGCUGAGUCGUCGAGUCGUCACCUUGCUGGCCAUGAGCUUUUCAAAUCAAAAGCAUCGAGAACGAGGGCUUGUAGCUGAAGCACUCCCAAGCCAUGGGCCAAUGCCUGUGCCCGAUGCGGAAGUCUUUGGAGAGGGCGAGGAUACAGCAGAUGAAGAUGAGAGUCUUUUGGCUCGAUCCAAGGACGGACCGGCACCUUUAGCGGUCCAGGAGGCUCAGGAGGCUCUCAAAGAGGGCGAUCAGACCGAGACCUGCUUUCGGUGCUGCUUCUGCAGCGUGGUGAUCGUCUUCUUCUGCGCUCUGUCCUUCUAUGCUGGGACCAUCUGGGAAGCUGCACAGCUCCAAAGCUCCAGUCUGGAGGAAGUCGUGAACACGAAGGUUCAGGACGCCUUUACGGAGGUCUAUUCCGAGCCAAAGCACUGGACCGUGGCCCCGAGCAGCGCGGCUCCCACGGCUCCGCCGAGCAUCGCGGCUCCGAGCACGGCUCCGCCAAGAGGGACGACGACGACGACGACGACGACGACCACGAGCCCAGCGAGCGAGAUGAAGACAGGCGGAGCGACCAUGGCGGCCACAGAAGCCACUUCAGUCGAAACGGAAGAGAAAGCCUUGGCAUGUUUACAGCUGAGCUUCCCUCAACUCACCCACAUUACAUACCCCACUGAUGCCGAGUCGCACUUCUUGGAGGUGAACGAGACGUUGAGCCACUUCUUCGCGCCCAACUUUCAGCCGCACGUCUGGGCCGGGUACAGCGGCCCAUGGGUCGAAAAUCAUUGGAUCUGGAACUUCAGCCAGAGAUGGCGCAGUCGCCCCGAAGGGACGAAGUUGAGGGACAUCUUUGGGCCCUUCAUCCCGAUCUUCGCGCCCUUCGUGGAUCUGGUGGUGAGGCAAAAAGGCUACCCCAUGGGCAUGAUGGAGUGCACUGGGACGAUCCUCAACAAGACCAUGCGAAAAGACGUCUUGUACAUCACGGUCUCUCAGCAUGACCUGGGGCUCUUCAAAUCAGCGAGGAACAACAGGAUGACUCAAGCACAGAUGCCGAACUUGCUGGUUCUGAGCGCCGGUGGCAACGGACAUGUGCCCAUCCCACUCCUGAAAAAGCCGGAGAAGCGACUGAUGGGCCUCCCUCUACGCUCGAGGCGCUACUUCACGUCCUUCGUGGGGAGUGGCUUCAACAACAAGGCGGUGCGCGAGACCAUGAAAAAAGUCACGGAGCAGUGGGCGCAGCAAACUGGCAAGGAGGUAUUCAUCUCCUUGAAGACGAUGAACGAGUGGCAGGACAUCCUGACGAAUACCACGGUGGCCCUGAGCCCCAGGGGCUUCGGGCGCUCCUCCUUUCGUUCAGGGGAGCUCUUUCAGAUGGGUCGGUUGCCUGGCCAUGUCUGCUAUGUCGCCGGGCUUGCCCGAACAACGGCAUCGGUGAAGCGCAGCUCCGUUGUUGGUGAAGAGUCGACAUUGAUUUAGAUUAUAUAGGCGUUUGUUCCUCAGGUGUUCACUUAACUUGACGUUGGGUUCUGGUGCGUCCUUCUCUUGGUGACCUGGUGACGAAAUUUCUUCUUCGCCCGUCACGUGCGGAGAUCAACGUGUUGGAACCGGGAUGAGUUCCGAAGACGUCGUCGUGCACGACGACGUGCACGACGUUCUACAGGGAGAGUUGUCCUCCGACGGUCCGACGUUCUCUUUCCUGUUUGGGGCUUGACCUGGUGGACGAACGUCGAGUGGUGCAGACAUCCGGGACGAGUGGUUUCCGAGUGCAGCGCAUCCCCCGAGCAAUGACCAAUGGACUGCAGACAACCAAGCAUGACAUUGAUAACACACAACGACAGCACCAAACAUAGGGGUCGAAACGCGAUGAACAAGAGCAAGAAGAUGCAAGAAGCAAUGAGACAGCAGAUUAUAUAACAUUAUAUAACGACAACACCAAACGCAACCACUUCCACACUUCAAGCUCUUUUGCGCCAGUCGCUGCUGAAACACCGUCCCUCCCGAGUGAGUUCUCGCCUCGUGUACCAGGGCGGGUGGAGAAUAGCGAUCCUUCCAUCCGAGGCCGAAAGGCCAUCGGUCGCGGAAAGCGCAGGGCCGAAGGACGAACGGCGUUUCUUCCGGUGCCGUUCGGGUGACGUCGCCCAGGGUGCCAAUCUAUAUUUGGGAUGAUGAACCUUGGUUGUACUACCGAGAGCUCUGGGAGAAGGAGGUGAUUGGCUUUGCCACCAACAUCAAGAGCUUGGGCAGUACCCUGGAUCGUGUGGUUUCGGACAUGUCCAAGUUGGAGCUCAUUGAGGCGAAUAUACUGAGGAUGCGUGAAAGCCACUUUACUUACGAGGGCAUCAUGGAUCAAAUCUCCAAGUUUAUGACGGGCCGCAAUGGUGGCAGCGACCUCCGCUGCCAGAAGCUCCCGCGAAGGCGAAGGCGGCUCCGCCGGCGCCGGCUCGGGCGGAGGCGACGAGGAGUUGUGCUCCAAAGAAGAGCCUUCAAAGAGGUGGUGCAUGUGUGAGGGAUCAAGAA